AUGAGACACAUAAUCGUGACUAUUGCCGUUACACUGGUAGCAUGUUCAGAUAAACAAGGAGAAACAGUAGGUGAUCAUGGCGCUAGUGGUGGACAAGGAGCUGAUCAACCGAAUGGAACAUCACAUACAGGUCUUUUUGGAUAUCCGGGCCAAUCAACUAGCAGAUCUUCAACUCCAUCUCCAGUGGAAACAGUAGAUGUAAAGGAUGUUAAAGAUGCUAAAGAAGAACUUGGAAAACUCAAGGAUACUCUUGGCGAGCAUGCACAAAAGGCUAAGGCAGUUGUUAAGGAGUUUGAAGAGGCACUCGAAAGGUUAGAAGAUUGUAUUAAAACGAUAAAGAGUCUCCCUAACAUCUCUGAAAGUAAGAAUAAGGAUGAUCUUAAGGACAUGGAGGAGCUAGAAAUAGAGGCUAAAGAUGUGUUAAAUGACGACAUUGUCAAGAUGAAUGUGAUAUCCAAGAAAAGCACCGACCUAAUUUCUGAACUUGAUGAGUUUAUAAAAAAAGAAAACAGUCUGGAGACAUUAAAGGACAAGCUUACUGAAGUAACUGUCACUGUGAAUAAAGACGAGAAAGCCCUAAAAGAGUUUACUCAAAAAGAAAAGGUCAUCAAAGAACGGCUUUCGGAAGCUGAGGUUAGAAUAAGUGAAUUAAAGUCUGGAACUCUCCAAAAGGAUCAUAAAACGACCGUUUUCGAGGGAAUCUUUUCUGGAGAACGGGAUGCUCCCAGGGGCAAAGUGUUCACCAGAGAGGAAUUUGCAACUCUUAUUAGGUCUAAAGAAAAGAUUGAAAAGGUAGGGAAAAAUGAUGUUCUCAAAUUGGUCUUGACAGCAGCCUACUUGUUAGAAAAACGCAGGCACUAUCUUAAAAAUGCUAAAAACGAAAUAGAACAAAAGGUUAAUAAGGCUAAUAGACUCUUGGCACACUCCACAAGGAUAUCAUCAUUAUUUGAAGGCUCCAAGAAUUCAAAAAUAGAGGCACUAAGUGCAGAUGUACAAGAUAUAAAGUCGACUAUGGAUGAAACAUACAAAACAAUAUCGAGGAUUAUAGACAGUAAUUCCGUUGAUAAGUAUCUUGAAACUUUGGAGGAAUGCGGGAAGAAACUGACAGAUUCUAAAACUAAUUUUGAUGAUGCUUUAAGAAAGAAAUGUGUUGGAGACUCAAGAAAUACCCUUUUAUUCAUAGAACUCUAUGAGAAGAAUAAAGCUCUGGAUGAACAUUUUAAAAAUGCUCGUGAAGCUAUUUCCAAGAUGGAGAGUCUUGUGGAACAGAUCAAGGAUAAAUCAGAGUCUUAUAGUUCUGACGAAGAAGAUGACAACUCAAACAAUGAAAGUGACGCUGGUGUUAAAAAUGGACGUCCAGUUCUUACAUCAGGAGCACCUCCAGCCCCUACGCCAGAGCAAAGCAAGGUAGAAAACAAGAGUGAAGUGAAUAUGUUUGGUACAAUGAUCCCCUUAAUCACUGCAGUCUUUAUAGUUCUGGUCUAA